AUGGCGACAAGCGAUGUGGAGGUUGGAGGAGGUGAUAGCAUUUUGCGUUCUGUCAAAUUUCUACUUAAUUGUAAAGAAAAAGGACGGAAUCAUGGCAAUCGACGUCCACCAUCAAUUUUCAUUGUUCCAAGAGUUUACCGAGAUCUCAGCCCAACAUCUUUUAACCCUACGCUAGUCUCUAUUGGACCCCUACACAGAAAAGAUAAAGAUUUGCAAAAAUUUGAAGUUCAAAAAAUGACUUAUUUACAUCAUUUACUGGAUCGUUCGGGUUCCAACCCAGAGCAAACGUUACAAGAAUGUGUGCGAAAGGUGAGUCUGAAAAUUGAAGAAAUCAAGUCAUGCUAUGAAGAAACGACCUACAACGAUGAGGAACUUGCUACAAUGAUGGUAAUAGAUGCUUGUUUUAUCCUUUAUUUCAUUCAUCUUAUUUCAGUAGAAGCUGGCGGAUUUCAGGAAAACUGGUCGAUUAUCCCAUUAAUAGUUCAUGAUAUGGUGUUGAUAGAAAACCAAAUCCCAUUUUUUGUUCUUAAAGACAUCUUUGAGUCUACUUUUCCUCAUUUUAAACCAAAUACCUCUCUCACUGACCAUCUCAAAAUACUUCUCGAAAGGUACUCUUUCUUUAUGGAAUAUGAAGUAACAAACAAUAUCAACCUAGAUAGGACUCAUGAUCAUAUCCUUGGCAUUCUGCACUAUUGCUUACAGCCUGUCCAUCACCCGUUACCAUAUUCUCAAGUUCCAAUGGAACAAAAAAGACACUCGGCCAUGGAACUGGAUAGGGCAGGGGUGAAAUUUAUGCCUAAUGAAGAUGCAAAUUGGGCAAUGGCCAUGAAACUGGAGUUACCAAGGAACCUCAUACUAUACGAGCAGUGUACCCUAGUUCCUGAGUACGUUACAUCAUAUUGCUGGGCCAUAGAUAUGUUAGUAGACACUCCAGAGGAUGUUGUCAAGUUGAUAAAAUCAGGGGUCCUGGUCAACGAUUAUGGCUCAAACGAGAGCGCUGUAUAUAUUUUAAACAACAUAUGCAAUGAUAUCACAUCAAAUGUUUUUUAUUACUAUCAUCAGUGGGAACGGCUGGAUACCUACUACAAGAGUUACUGGCCCAAUGCUGCUGCAGGGUUGAAGCGUACAUAUUUCAGUAGUCCAUGGAAUAUUAUUUCAGUAUUCGCUGCAAUCAUUUUGUUUGUUCUUACCCUUAUUCAGACCAUCUUUACAAUCAAGUGUUAG